AUGAGACAGAAUUUACCUGAAUACAAUCAUAUCCCUUUUGUUCAUUACCUCCACUGUCGUCGUUGCAGAACUCGAGUUGCAACCAUCCAGGAUUACUUUCCGGCUCUACAGAUUCUUGGUAGUGUGCCUGCAGGGUUCUUUACUACAGUGUUUAGUGUUGAAGUAGCAGAGGACGAGCGAUAUCAUCGAGGAAUAGAUGACAUGACCCUAGCCGAGACUUACUGUGUCCAAUGUAGAAACCUGGUCGGGUGGAAAAUUAUUGCAAUCUCCCAACCGUCUAGGAGUCAUAUAGUAGGAGGAUUCAUCAUGAGAUUGAACGAGAUUAUUUGCUGGAACAAUGUACUGUUGUUGGAUUUACUCUUUGGAGGCAAUAAUGAACAGGCUCCUAAUGAUCAAGAUGGAGGUGCAGAUGAAGAACAGGAUAAUGAUCAAAAUGGAGGCACUAAUGAGGAAAAUGCUAAUCGGGAUGAAAAUGGAGGCAUUAAUGGACAAGUUCGUAAUCAAGAUGUAGAUAUUGUUGAGGGAAUGGGCAAUAUUGAUCUAAAUGCAAACAUUUGA